AUGACAGUGUGUAUUAGAGAAAAAAAGAACUUUUUUUUUUCUUUUAUUUGCAGACAAGAUUUUGAAGAGAAUCAUCAGUGGACAAUGAGUGGCCCGCCUGGCAGCAUUCAAGAUCAUGAUAACUUCAAUGUACAACAGAAGAAGUUGGAAAAAGAGAGAAGGCGGAUCGAAGAACAAGCUCGGAAAAAGAGACAGCAGUUAGGAAUAUUACAACACAACCCAGACAGUCGCCCGACGUCAGGCCGCAAACAUCGCAGCGAAACACAACCCCUCGUGGGAUCUAAACCGUCCACCCCUACAAAUCUCCAUGCCAAAAACAAGUCAAAAAAGAAAUUACUGGAAAAGCAUGAGCAUGAAUACAUCGGUCCCGCGGGUUUCGAGGAUGAGGAGGAAAUUCGUAGCCACUCGCCAAACCUCCGUCGUAACGACGGCUCGUAUCCAGUCCUCAACGUAACAGAGGACAGUUACAGCGACGACCCAGAUAGCGAUAUCCAGGACAUUCCCAUCAUAAAUCAAGGUGAGGAAUCAAACAAAAGGCGGAAAGACAAAAACAAGAAAGGCCCGGGCAAAUCAGGGGGCGGAGGGCAGUGGACGGCCCUCACUCCAAAUACUUCCUCCUCCUCCCUAUCAAAGAACACCCAGUCCCGAUCCCGCACCCCCGAGAUCAUGAUCACGGGGGCGGAGGACAGACAGCCGGACAACGAUUCUGACGUGGACGACAUCCCAAUGUUGGAUGCAGAAAACUCAAACAAACCUAGCAAAGGCCAGAAGCAGAAAAACAAAAAACCUGCCCCUAAUCGGCCGCCUCCGCCCCCUAGUACCAGCGGCGAUCGUUCUGGAGGGCGGUCACCAAUCCCCCCCGCAGCUCAGCAGAAACAGCGACAGAAGGCGGGCAGUCAUCCGGUCCAGGGAUUCCAGCAGCCGGAGGAGGAAGAGGAAGACGACGGAGUGGAUGAGACUAGUGCCCCCGUAGUACCCAGCAAGUCCCCCAGCAGUAAAAAUCUCAAACAGAUGGCCACGUACAACAAUGAGAAUGAUGAUCAAGACGAUACACCAGGAGGUGCCGAGGGUCGAGACUACUCACCGGAGCUCACGGAAAACCUUGACGAUUUUGUGCUCAGGCCAGCCCCUCAAGGUCAUGUCAUGAAGUGCCGGAUCACAAGAGACAAAAAAGGUGUGGAUCGAGGAAUUUAUCCCACCUACUUUCUCCAUUUAGAGAAAGAUGAUGGCAAAAAGGUGUUUUUACUGGCUGGUAGGAAGAGGAAGAAGAGUAAAACCUCAAACUACCUGAUCUCCACCGACCCUACAGAUCUGUCAAGGGGAGGCGAGGCCUACGUAGGAAAACUCAGGGCCAACUUAUUAGGUACCCAGUUCACUUUGUUUGACAAUGGUGACAACCCGAAAAGCAAUUAUGAAAACGCUAGAAAAGAAUUAGUUGGAAUUAUUUAUGAAACAAAUGUCUUAGGUUUUAAGGGACCCAGAAAAAUGACCAUUAUCAUUCCUGGAAUGAAUUUGGACCAUGAGCGAGUAGACAUCAAGCCAAGAUCUGACAAUGACGGCUUGAUUGACAGAUACAAGAGGAAGAAUAUGGAGAACAUACUGGAACUCCAUAACAAGACUCCAGUCUGGAACGACG